AUGUCACAAGAAAUGAAAUCGGAAAUAAACCAAAUCCUUAAAGCUUCCGAUACUCCGGUUUACGAAUUAAACGAAAAUGCAUCCCCAACAGAAAAGGCCAGGUCGAUUGGUGCAUCAAUUGGUUUGACAGGUUCAAGUUCAAUUAAAGCCGUAGUUUCCGAUAAUGCGGAAGAAAAAGUUGUUGAUUCUGAAGGAGUGACCACAACGGUAGAAAAGCCCGAAGGCAACAAGCCUCAUUUAGCCGUCGAAUCCGCAGCAGAAAUUCCUAAUUGGGAAAAAAUUGGAUGGAAGAGAGUUUUCGAAAUUACCGACUCCAAUAAAUCAUUUCAAAUUGAAGACGUUUUAAAAGAGUUGCAAUGUAACGACUUGUGGCUAUAUUCGAGUGUUGUUAUAACAUCUACAUUUGCGACUUGGCUGAUUGCAUCAUGCGGUGGAAGUUUUGGUUGGAUCCUUGUUCUAUGCGCAUUUAUAGCCACGUAUUUGAAGAAUUCUUCAAGGAGAUUUUAUAGAAACGCUCGAAGUGAUAUUGGUAGAGAAGUUGCAACAAAAAGGUUGGAGGAUGAAGAAGAAAAGGUUGAAUGGUUAAAUGAAUUUUUACGUAGAUUUUGGUUAAUCUAUGAACCAGUGUUAUCGGCCUCGGUAAUUCAAAUAGCUGAUAGUGUUUUGGUUGCUUCUACGCCAAACUUUUUGGAUUCUAUAAGAUUAACAAAUUUUACUCUGGGUUCAAAACCCGCCGUAAUCGAAUCUGUAAAAUCUUACCCGAAAACUGACGAUAAUGAGGUGGUUAUGGACUGGAAAAUUAGUUUUGUGCCAAAUGAUUUGGCAAAUAUGACAAAAGCACAAUUGGCAAACAAGGUUAAUCCUAAAGUGGUGUUAACUAUAAGAGUAGGAAGGGGAUUCGUGGGAGCGGGAAUGCCAGUUUUGGUAGAAAAUAUGUCAUUCACGGGAUUAAUGAGGGUAAAAUUGAAGUUAAUUCCAACGUUUCCUCAUGUUGAAACAAUCGACUUAUGUUUUAUCGAACCACCGGUCAUUAAUUAUGUAUUAAAACCAAUUGGAGGUGACACCCUUGGAUUUGAUAUUGGCAAUAUUCCCGGAUUGUCGUCGUUUAUUAGGGAACAAGUACAUGCAACGCUCCGACCAAUGAUGUACUAUCCAAAUGUCUUUACAUUGAUACCGGAAUAUUUAUUAUACGGUUACCCAAUAGAGUCAGCAAUAGGAGUAUUGAAAUUAACCAUCAAGAGCGCCAAAAAUCUAAGAAACGCCGAAAGGUUUGGUGGUACAUCGGACCCGUAUUGUAAAGUAAUGGUGCAAUCAUCUGACGUCACGAUAGCCGAAAAAGAAAUAUCACGUACAAAAGUUAUCAACAAUUCAUUAAAUCCAGUUUGGAAUGAAACUUAUUAUUUGUUACUUAAUAAUACAAAAGAUAUUUUAAAGUUCAAUAUAUUCGAUUCUAAUAGUAAGAUUAGCGCUGAUCGGUUACUUGGUAGCACUACUUUCCUCUUGCAAAGUUUAGUUGAAAACCCUAAUCAUUCCAACAGUACCGUUCAAGUUUUACAUGAAGGAAAUCCAAAAGGAGAACUGAAUUUUGACGCAUUUUGGUAUCCGAUAGCCGAGGUUAAAGAAAAUGAGCCUGCGCCCGAAUCAAAUCUCGGAAUUUUGAAAUUUAAUAUUCAUCAAGCAAAGGAUCUCGAUCCAAGAUUAUCGUUAGUUGGAGUAUAUAAUCCAUAUGCCGAAAUUAUUUUGAAUGGAAAGUUGGUAUAUAGAACAAAAACACUUAGGAGAAUUAACAAUCCGAUUUGGGAGGAAUUCUAUGAGAUGUUUAUAACAAAUAGAGCGGGUGCAAGAUUAUCGGUAAAAAUCAGAGAUGAAAGGGAUUUUGCAGAAGAUCCCGUACUUGGUAGUUGGAAUAUGAAAGUUGAUGAAUUUCUAGGAGUAUUAAACGGUGAAACCAAAAAUGAUUGGUUUAAUGUUAAGGAUGCUUCUAGUGGUAGAAUUAAAUUAAGUUGUCAAUGGAAACCGGUUAUACUUGAUCAUAUUCCAGAGAAUGUUGAGCCAAUUGGUAUUGUUAAACUUCAGAUCAAGAAAGCGAAAAUCAACAAAAAUGCGGCGCAGUUCACAGGCAAAUCGGAUCCGUAUGUGAGUAUCUUGUUAAACACCACUUAUAGAGGCCGUACGGACAUACGAAGUAACAAUUUAAAUCCAACAUGGGAUGACGAAUACUAUUACGUUCCUGUACAUUCUCUCGAAGAUAAGAUAUAUUUGCAAUGUUUUGAUCAUGAAAAUAAUGGUAAAGAUCGAAUAUUAGGGUUUACCGAAUUAAUGGUAAAGGACCUAGUCAAAAAAUCUGAUGAUGGAAAGAUUUCACCUGCCGAAUCGAUUGACACUUCUGCGCCAUUGAUAUCUGGAAUCGAUUCAAAAGGAACAUUAUUUUAUUCUGCAAGUUUUCAUCCCGUUUUACAUCUAAUUAAAGAGAAAGGAGACGUCAAGGAGGAAAAGUCAGAAAAUGAAUUCAACGCGUUGGAACAUCAAUCCGGAAUUUUGGUUGUAAAUAUUAAUGAAGCAAAAUUCAAGACAAAGAAAUCGCGUGUUGAAAUACUCAUAAACAAUGACCUUUUUCCAGUUUAUAAAUCAGCCGUUUCUGAAAUGGAAAACCCGCAAUGGGUUGAAGUUACCGACGUAUUUAUUAAAGAGCUAGAUUUCUCUAAAAUAACAUUCAAUAUAAAGCAUUCUGGUUCAAAGUCAUCUAUUGGAAAAGUUGAAUCUAAUGUGAAAGAAUUGCUGGAAAAGUGUUUAAAAGAUAAAGAAAAUAAUGUCUGGUUACCUAUAAAAGGAAUGGACGGUUGUAAACUUAAUGUUGGAUUAAGUUAUAUACCUGUUAGAUAUCAUGUUGAAUUAUAUGAGAGUAUUAAUAAUAUGGGAACUUUAAAAAUUAAUUUGGUUAACGCCGAGAAUUUACCCGCAGCGGACCGAUCUGGUACAAGUGAUCCAUUUGUAAAAUUCUUUUUGAACGAUAAAGUCGUUUUUGAAUCAAAGACAUUAAAGAAAACAGUGAACCCACAUUAUGAUGAAAACUUUUCAGUAUCAUUGUUUUCACAAACUUCAGCGAAACUCUUUGUAAAGGUAUACGAUUGGAAUAAAGUAGAAUCAGCAAAAUUAAUAGCAAGUGGAGAAAUUCCACUCACAAAUUUAUCCUCCACCACAUCUACUCAAAAAGUUCCGUUAAAGAACGAAAUUAAUUCCACAAAAACGAACUCAUUUAUUACAUUAUCGAUGUUAUUUCAUCCAGAAAUGUUAACUAAAAAGAAACAAAAGACGGGCCCAACGAAAACUUUUAGUGAUUUAGGUAGUACCGUUAGUGGCGGAGUUAGUACUGGGGUUAAUGGUGUAGGUCAUAUCGUUGGAAAUAGUGUUGGUAAAGUUGGUGGGUUAUUGAAAAAAAAAGAUAAAGAUGAAAAUAAAAAGAGUAAGAAGGAAAAGGUGAUUCCUAGGGAAGUGAGUGAAGUUGUUAUUCCGGAGGGAUCUAAAUUGGAAAAAGUUGUUCCCGAAGAAGGGAUUUCUAAGGGAGUUGAACCUAAAGCUGAAGUUGUUCAUAAACCUGAGGAAGCAAAACCAGUUAAUGAAAUCAAUGGAAUUCUUGACAAACAAGAGGUUAAAGAAGAACCUAUAUUACCUAAACCACAAACUAAAGAUGAUUCAAAGCAAGCGAAAGAAAUUGAUGAAAUAAAACCAUAUAAUGUGGAAUUCAAAAAAGUUGAUUCUAAACAAGAAGUAGUACCAAAACAAGAGGAGGAAAAAGAAAGUUCCAGAACAUCAAGACACAUUGAAUUUGUAGAUCAACCAACAUCAAGAUCUGUUGAAGUUAAGAAUGUUAAGAAAGACGAUGAAGGUUUUAGAUCAAGCGAAGAAAAUGCACCGAUUGAUAAAUCAAAAAGAAUAUCUUCAUAUAGCAUAAACCAGGGUGGUGAAAUUAUUGGUGAACCUGGAGACUUGACAAUAGUUGUAAUCGAAGCGAAGAAUGUUAGUGAUAAGGGUACAACAAGUGAUCCUUAUGUAAAAGUGAAAGUAAAUGGUAAAAAAGAAAUUCUUAAAACAUCUGUAAUAAAGAAAUCCAUUUCUCCAAAAUGGAACGAACAAGUAACAUUAACGGGAUUAACAGGAUCACCAAUAUCGUUCUUAUUUAGCGUUCGAGAUCGUAAUUUAUUAUCAAAAAAUGUAGAAUUAGGAGAAUACGAUUUGCAUUUAUGGGAUCAUAUAAAUCCUGAUGAAAAUAUUAAAGAUUUUUGGGUAAAUUUAUCAAGAGGAACGAAUGCUCAAUUACAUAUUAAAUUAGAUUUUUCUCCAUCAUCCAAAGAAAGUCGAAGUAGUGGAAGUGUUGGAAGUAACAGUAGUAGCGGUAGUAGCGGUAGUAAUGGUUAUACGAAACAUGGUAAAAGAACUUCGGUUAUUUUUG